AUGGUUGAUAUCAAAUAUUAUACUACAAUUUUAUCUCAAACGUUUUCUCCUUGUGGGAACUAUUUGAUUACCGGUAAUAAUUAUGGAAUUUUAACAGUCUACAAUCUAAAAAAUGAAUUGCAGUCGGGAAACGACUUCAAAGAUCAAAAUUUGUCAGCUGGCGAUAGAUCUUAUGAAUUCGAGAUGAUACGUAAAAUGCAAAUAAACAGCAUGGAAUCUGGCGAAAAAUUUUUAAUAGUUGGUGGUGUUGGACUCAUUGUAGGAGUGGAUUGGGAUACCAUUAUUGACAAUAAUUUUGGCGAAAACUCAAAAGUCGAACCCCUCAGUAUUAGUUGGAGUAUUAAUAUUCCAUCACCCAAGGAUUCAAUGUUAACUAUAGAUGUAAAUUGUUUAAUAUUAAACAAAGAGGAUAAUGUCUUAUAUGCAGGUUGUGGAGACAAUACUGUUUAUGCCUUUAACUUAGAAUGUGGUGAUGUUGUGCAGAAAUUUGAAGGGCACAGUGAUUUUAUUCAUUCCAUUGAUAAAUUAGAUGAUACAAUUGUCUCAGCUAGUGAAGAUGGAUCUGUCUUGUUUUGGGAUGUUCGUUCUAAAGAUUAUUCAUCAAAAAUCAUUCCCAGCAGUAAUCCAGAAAUCAAACGACCCAAUCUUGGAAAUUGGGUUGGAUCUGUUACAAUCACUAAAGAUUGGAUGCUAUGUGGUGGUGGAACAAAACUGUCAUUAUGGAAUCGUUCUAUGGCUGCUCCAAUGACAGUGUACAAUUGUGUUGAAGAUUCCGGAAUACAUGUUACUAAACUUAUGGAUGAAACAUUAUAUGCCGGAGGAUGCUCAAAAUAUUUUUAUCAGUUAUCAUUUACGGAUGAAAUUUUGUGUAAAAUUGAAACCAGUCCAGUGACUGUUUUCAGUUGUGUUAACCAAGAAAAUCCGUUCAAAGUAACAUGUCUUGCAGGUUCAAGCUAUAAAAUAGAUAUUUGUACCAAUUUAAAUUACAAAAUGACUACGCUUGGAAUCUAG